GACAUGGAGUCGUGUGCUCUGACCAUCCCGACAGACGACCAGAUUGUACCCGACCCACACAUCGACACCUGGCUACAAAUGCAGGUACGACAAUCGUCCUCAACGACUAAGUUAUGAAAACCGUAGGUCUUCACUGCGGAAUGACUCUCUAUCAAGGACAUUUACCAGACCCUUAUGGAGCAGAAUUUCAAGUUGCAGCGGGCUGCACCGAAGAACUAGGACUUGGAAGAGACGCAGGGGAUGUGCUGGAGGCCUACCUCGUUAAACAGGACCUGCACAGACUAGACCUCGAGGUGACGACGGAGCUGUUGGACAAGCCGCGGAGAGAGACGGUGCCUCAGGUUGAAGACUUUUUCGAACCACGGCCCAGCUCCUUGAGCUACGUGUCACAAAGGACGGUUCUGUCACAGGAAGAUGACGUAUUUCUCAAACCCGCACCUCUCUGGGAGGAUAUCACCUCAUCGAUACAAAAACUUGACCCUGAGAACGCCGAAAUGCUUGCAUCAGUCACACAAGUUAAAAUGGAGUUCCCAGAUGACCAAGUUCUUCACCCACUAAUAAAGUGCGAAAAGGGAACCGGCAUAACCACCUGCUACAAUAGGCAGCAGGUCGACAACGUCGGCCUACCCAGGCGGACACCACCUCCACCCUACCCUCUCCAGUUAAGGCCCCAGGCCAAGUAUAACAGGAGAAAUAAUCCAGAAUUAGAAAAAAGGCGGAUACACCAUUGUACAUUUAUUGGCUGUAAUAAAGUGUAUACUAAGAGUUCACAUUUAAAGGCCCACCAGCGGAUACACACGGGUGAAAAACCUUACAAGUGCCAGUGGGCGGAAUGCGAGUGGAGGUUCGCCCGUUCUGACGAGCUUACGCGACAUUACAGGAAGCACACGGGUGCGAAGCCGUUCAAAUGCCAGAUCUGCGAAAGGAGCUUCGCCCGCUCCGACCACCUCGCCCUCCACAUGAAGAGGCAUUUGCCGAAAGCGCCCCCUAAAUGACCUCCUCAUCUGUCUAAGCCCCUAAGCACUCUCUUCCGGAUGUUUCCUUGAUCUCCGAAAUCACCAGUGACAACCCAUGAAUUCUUGCCAAUGUGCCACUGAAGUUGAAAUCAAAUCCCUCCCGUUGAACGCCGGAGUUUUAUUUGAUUAUGUUUAAGAAAUGCAUUUUGUAAUGAUAAGUUAUCAACACAAUUAGUGAUUAAGAGGUUGUGAAAAACUAAAAAUAAUCAAAAUAUAUAAUAUAUUUUUUACCGAAAAAUAAAAGAGAUCAUUAUUUUUUGU